AUGGAUGCUCUCACCGAGGAUUUCUCGGCGUUGAAGGCGGCCGGACAGGAGUGGUUCGACGCGCGGCACGACGGCGUCGUCCACAAUCCCCUAGGUGCGGCCGGCUACGUUUACGAGAAGGAGCUCGCGAAGCCGCUCCUACGUGACCUCGGCCUCAUCCCGGUAUCAGCAAGGUUUCCCUCCCCUGUCGUCUCCCAGGCUUCAUCCUGCGCGCGCACCUCUUCCACUCAUGUCCCUUCCAACGACGCCGACUCGGAUUCCGACUCCGGAAACUCCUCCGAGUACAACGCCACGUCCUCCACGCUCUUCAUCCACAUCGGCGCCCAGCCAAACAACAGCCCUCACGCGGGGACUAUCAUCACCUUCGCCCUCGCAUUCCUCCUCGGCCGCCUCUUCAAGCGGGAGUACGCCAAGCUCCGCGCCCACUCCCUCGCGGCGUCCCCUUCCGAUGCUGCCCUGUGGGUCGAUGAGCUGCGGGUCGUCGUCCAGCUCGAUCUCGUCGACACCGCCCCAGACAAAGAGGAGACCAUAGAGCUAGACGGCAUCGCGUACCAACGCAGCCACCGCGAGACGGGCAAGAUGAACAACUUCCUGGGCGACUACAAGCGGCUCAUCGCCGACCUGCAUGCAUUCGUCGGGGGCGAGGUCGACCACGCGAUCGCAUACCAAGAGGACCUCAUGCGCAUGCCCGCGACGCGCGACGCGAUCCGCACCCUCAUCCUCGACCGCGAGCGCCUCGCGGGCGAGGUCGCGCCCAAGCGCGAGUCGCUCGCGAUGCGGAGCGCGUGCCCCGCCGUGGGGUGCGGCAUGGCGGACAAGCAUGGGGUCCGGAACACCUACAGCGUCAGCCCCGCGUCGACGGCCAUCACGUUUGUCUGUCCCACUCACGGUGAGUAUACCCUCCACCUCGAGCGCCCCGAUGACCUCGCGCGGCUCGAGCUGAACACGCCGCUCCGCAACCUCGCGCGGGCCCUCGUCUACAUGGCCGAUACCGCGGAGAGCCGCGUGUCUAGUCAGGCUGCCCCGACGCGCCUGCACAUGCGGGUGACCGGCAGCGACUACGCGGGCCAGUACCAGGAGCGCCUGUUCUUCCGUCAGAUGUCCAAGCUCGAGCAGGUCGCCGAGCCUGCGAUGCGAAACGCGAUCGACUUCCCGCUGAUCGUCUAUGCGCCUCUCAUCACCGACUGGUCCGGCGCGAAGCUGUCGAAGAGCAGCCUGUACGUGGGGAAGAACGCGUACGAGUACAUGCCCGCCCAGGAGAAGAAUCGUGUGGCGGCGUACGCCACGAUGACGGAGAAGGAAAGGCAGGUGUUGUUCGGAAUGGUGGAAGGUUGGGUUCGCGAGCCCACCAAGUUGUUUCGUUCUUACAGCGUGGAGUAUCUGCGUCUGAUGUUCGAGAAAGCGGCGGGGUCCGCAGACGACGCCACGACGUCCAAGGAGGUUUCGGAUUAA